AUGGAGUCCAAGGCAGAAUGGCUUCAUGGCCUGCUGAUCACCACGGAAGAAUAUCUCGCCAAAAAAUUCACGAAAUUCCCGGAUGUCCAGGAAGAUUGGACCGUGGUCAAAAUCUUCUGGGUAGAGGAGCAACAGACUAGUGAGUCGAACAAGUUAAGAGAGGUUUCCAAGAUCGCAGAGAAGCAAAAGACUUACUACAAGUUUGAGAAUAUCACGUCCGCAAUCCUGGAGACACUUGGCGUUCCAGAACAGACCAAGGGCAGUCGCGUGCUCUACAUCACCGUAUUUCGCAAGCUCCGACCCAUCACGGAGCUCCAAGACGAAAAGGAGGUUUCGGCUGCGCGUGCUCGAGGCUCGAGGUUCGUAUCUCAAGAAUCCCCGUGUUUCGGAAUGACGAUGUGA